AUGGCAGCCCACAUCUCCAACCUGGCCAACGAGAUUGUAGAGAGUAUCGUGGUCUUAUUGGAUCUCCCAGAUAUCUGCAGUCUUCGCUUGACCAGCCGCCUCGUCGCAGCAAAGGUGACACAGGAUCAUUUCAAAUCAUUCUUUCGCUCAAAGACGAUCGAUCUCACAAAGUCAUCGCUCGAGACAUUUGUUGCUGUCACUCAGCCUGGCCUGCUAGGAUGCCUGGUUCAGAAUAUUACCCUGAUUGGCAUCGCCAACAAUCCCAAGGGCCUUGAGUCGAUUCUGAGAAAGAAGACGAGAACUGUUGUUGAGCGGAAUGGGCCUAUUUUUGCGUCGACUGAGGAGAGAUGUUCGGCUGAAGAGUUGGCCAAGGCGGAGCGUGAUCUUGAGACGAUCAAUCGACGAUGUGAGGAGCACCGGCAACUUCGAGAGGCUGGUCAAGACAUAAAGCUUCUGGGAGAGGCUUUGACAAACUUGUUGGCGAACGGCAAAGGCGCUUUACGUUCACUGUCCCUCGAAGUGGCGAUGUGUCGGGACGACGCAGACAAGCACCAGCGUCCUGUGAGCGGCAUGGGUUGGAAGUACACCUGGCAGGCAGCCACGGAUGCCUUCAAGACAACGAUGCCUGCGUUGGCUGCGAGUGGACUGCAAGUGACGAAGCUCAAUCUUUUCAACCCUGAAAACUUCCUUCGCUGCAGCAUCCCUUCCAACGAGCUGAGUGUCCUCGACUUCGAGGAUCCGUCCCUCCAGACAUGCCUGCGAUCGAUCAAGUCCCUCUCAAUCAGCCUCUCCGACCGUAUCAUCGACGAAACCGACAAGAAUGCAGCAAGGACGGGAGAUCCAGGAGACAACGUGGAUUGGUCUAUCGCGCCCACGAAAAGGCCAAUCGAAGAACUGCGAGCAGAGGCAGCCGAAGAAACCAACUUCCGCGGGCUCGCAACACUCAUCUCCCUCUGCACCAACCUCGAAGACCUAGAUCUCCACUACUUCAACCUCGCUAUCAGCGUCCUCACCCCGGAAGACGCCAAAGACGAAGUCGUGCUCCAGCGUCUCGCACAAGUCUCCAAAGACCACCUUCUGAACCUGCAGAAAUGCCGUCUCCGCGGCUUUCACGUCUGGGAACACGACCUCCUAGCUUUCAUCCAACAAUCCCCCAACUUGCAAGACCUCACCCUCGACAACAUGAUGACGACCGCCUACGACUCCGCCCCGGACGCCUCCCCCGGAACCUUCGCCUCGAUCCUCAAGCACUGCGCAUCCCCUUCUGCCAACUUCCAGAAGAUCUUGUUUGACGAUCUCUUUGAACAAGGUCAUCUGGUCUACUUCGAGACCGAGGGGGAGCAGAAGUUUCCGGUUUCGAUUUGGACGAAGGGGACGAAUACGUUGCGGCUUGAGGGGAGGGAGGAGGUUGUGGGGAAGGAGGUUGGGUAUUGUCUUGCGCAGGGGCGGAUGCUGGGGAGUCCGCAGGCGUAUUUUUGGAUGGAGAGGAGGAGGGCGGAGUUUGGGCCUCCUUGA